GAGGCGUCGCGACUCUCACUUGUACGCGGUAACCGACACCGCUUGUAACAACUCCCGACGAUCACUCUGCGUCGUAAGAUUGGUUGCACUCUCUUUGGUUAUUUGAUUUUGUUCUUCAUUUACUUCCUGCUUAACAUGAAGUCCUCUUGGUUCCUUCUUAUCGGUUGUCUUAUUCUUGCUUUAACCGACUAUACUAACUGUUCUCCGUCUGAACCUUACUUAGAUGAGGACGACGGUAUAAUUUCGGAUGACGAAUACGCGGAAAAUGAAAUCGAUAGUUUGAUGCAGUCCGCACAAAAACGUUCUUCCUUAAUUUACCUUUUCAGACGGGCGUGCAUAAGAAGAGGAGGCAACUGCGACCAUCGACCCAACGAUUGUUGUUACAACAGCUCGUGCCGUUGCAAUCUGUGGGGAUCGAACUGCAGAUGCCAGCGCAUGGGUUUGUUCCAGAAAUGGGGAUAAAGAUGAUAAAGAAUGAUAACCGACCACCGACCGACCAUCGGCCCCCCCCACCAUAAUUAACAAUUGACGACGAAACCAAGCUACGAAUCAAUGGAAAAAAAAAACGAUUAACGGAAAACAUCUAAUGCACUAUAUAUGUUUACAACUAAUUUACUUAUUAUUACUUCUGUUUUCUUCUAGCUGUCUAAAUACGACGAUUCUAAUGAUGUAACGCAUAUGUGUAAUAUAUUUAGGUUUAUUGAUCGAUAAUAACUAAAAACAAAUAUAUGUAUAGUUAUAAAUAUGAA